GUUUGAUAAGGGGUGAAGCUUUCAAAGUUUGGGUAUGACCACAAAACAACAAAGGGAAAGGGGAAUCAAAACUUGUGCAAUACUAAAUAAUCAACAUACCCAAAAAAAUGGAGUAUUCUCCGGCAACCAAUCAAUUUGAACAAGCAACUCUUCCUUCUGCCUGGUUGGGUGCUUUUCCAUAUUAUAUAUAAAUAAAUUAUUAUUACUCUUCUCAAACAAAUUGUUGGCUUCUUCCUACUCAAGAUUCAAUUAUGUGGACAAAAUUUAGGGCUUCAAGAUUCAUUUGGAUUUCGGUUUUUGCAGAUGUGAAACACCAAAUUAGAAACAAGCCUCAAAAAAGUUUCAAUGUAAAUGAAGAAUACCUUUGUGCAUUGAGGUCCAGAUCCUUCGUUGAAUUCUUCGCAAAAGCUCAAUUGAUUGUCCAGGAAUCGCCGCCAUCUACAUCCUCCACCGGUCACCACUGCCGCAAAUUUUCGGAAACGAUCUUGCUGCAGAUUGAUCAAUUAGAAGCCAAUCCUUCGAUUCUGGAAUCGCCAUUGCUUGUGAUGUUGCCGGAGCUUAGAGGCCUCUUAAUCGAUUUCUUCAAUGUUAGUGCGGAGGCUUCAAAUCUCUGCCAUCGUCUCCUUGCGAACCUCAAAUUAGCCCGAUCUAACUCGCGCUUCGUUCAAAAAUUGCUCGAUUCGAUCGAGAAAUGCUCUUCUCCGAAAGAAAUUGAAACGAUUACCUCUGAUCUACUCGCGCAGAGAGCUCCAUUGUCCGAUCUCGACAAACGCGAUUUCGCGCGAAUCCACGACGACUACGCGGCGGUUUCGCGUAGUUUGAACAUAACGAGAAAGAAGGUAGCGAGAAAGAUCAGAUCAAUCAAAAUCAUCAAUAAAUGUACCUGUGGAUUAGUCGCCAUUACCUCCCGCGGUCUGACUGCCUUAGUAAUGGCAGCCGAUCAAGGUCCAGUACUUCGGUACUUCCGACUGAAAUCCAUCCGCAGAAAGCUUCUCCGGCAUCAGAUGCUUGGAAAUGGCGGCCUUGAAAGAGUAGGCGAACAACUGGAAGCGGCAGCCAAGGGAAGUUACAUACUGAACAGAGAGUUCGAUACGACGAGCCGACUCGUAGUACGGCUUGGCGACGCCGUGGAUCACGGAAAGGCAAUGGUGCGGUUGUUUGUGGAAAGGAAGGAGGAUAAAUUUGCAGUUGCUGUAGCCAUGGAUGAGAUGAAGAGGAGCAAUGUGAGCAUCAGAAAGCAAGUUGAAGACGUUGAAGAACACUUGUAUUUGUGCAUUGUGACCAUUAACAGAUCCAGAGCUUCUGUGAUCAACCAAAUGUGAUAGCAACGGGACGGCGAUCCAGAACGGGAUUUGGGAAUUGGGGUUAGGAUGCCACAGAUUUCUA